UACGAGUGAGAGGGGACGUAAGACGUGUGUAUCCAUUAUAUACCAAGCUUACGCCGUGACACGACAUGUCGUCUCCAGCAAGGGAAUCAGUGUCCGAGCUAAGUACUGACUUCUCAGUGAAACUACCAUCCCCUAAGUAUUCGGAGUCCCCGACAGAUUCUCCUGGGGAUGAUAAACCAACAUCAAUAAUUCCAGUGGAAAAAAUCAUGGAGGAUAACAAGUGUUCAAAUCAAUCGGAGUCUAAUCAAUUUGUCACCCCUCUCGACGACACUGAUCACAAAUCGCAAGGCUUCAUCCUUGUGCACGAGGAUCUUCCAUCGCUGCCUGUUGGGGGUGACAUUCGUGUACGUACAGUCGUCCCCGACGGUGAUAUCCGCGCCUGUCCUCCAACACGUGCAGCUCCUCUCUCCGCCCCAGCAACAUUGGACACAGCCAUGGCUACUCCAACACGUGCAGCUCCUCUCUCCGCCCCAGAAACAUUGGACACAGCCAUGGCUACUCCAACACGUGCAGCUCCUCUCUCCGCCCCAGAAACAUUGGACACAGCCAUGGUUACUCCAACACGUGCAGCUCCUCUCUCCGCCCCAGAAACAUUGGACACAGCCAUGGCUACUCCAACACGUGCAGCUCCUCUCUCCGCCCCAGAAACAUUGGACACAGCCAUGGUUACUCCAACACGUGCAGCUCCUCUCUCCGCCCCAGAAACAUUGGACACAGCCAUGGUUACUCCAACACGUGCAGCUCCCCUCUUCGCCCCAGCAACAUUGGACACAGCCAUGGCUACUCCAACACGUGCAGCUCCCCUCUUCGCCCCAGCAACAUUGGACACAGCCAUGGUUACUCCAACACGUGCAGCUCCUCUCUCCGCCCCAGCAACAUUGCACACAGCCAUGGUUACUCCAACACGUGCAGCUCCCCUCUUCGCCCCAGCAACAUUGGACACAGCCAUGGUUACUCCAACACGUGCAGCUCCUCUCUCCGCCCCAGCAACAUUACACACAGCCAUGGUUACUCCAACACGUGCAGCUCCCCUCUUCGCCCCAGCAACAUUGGACACAGCCAUGGUUACUCCAACACGUGCAGCUCCUCUCACCGCCCCAGCAACAUUGGACACAGCCAUGGUUACUCCAACACGUGCAGCGCCUCUCUCAGCUCCAGACACAGCAAUGCAUCUCACUCAAUUGCCUAAAAUCAGCGCUCAACGAGGUGUCAAGAGAAAUGUUCCCGGUAACUGCACGUGUGUAUCACAUUCACAAUUUAACAGUGAAACGUCAAAGAAACAUAAGACCUCGCCUCAGCAAAACAAUAUAUCAGGUAUUGCAGACCCCGCCAGCGACUGUACAAAGCCAGGUGACUUCACUGAACAGAUUAACUUGUUACAACCUGAGACCCUUCUGAUGCCUGUCCUAUCAAAGGAAUGGGAACACAGCACCACUCCAACCUUCCAACAAUCACAGGAAAUAGCUACACAUCCAAGUCAGUUCUCGCCAAACAGACCACCACAGUCAAGUCAGUUGUCACCAGACACAACACCACAGUCAAGUCAUUUCUCACCAGACACAACACCACAGUCAAGUCAGUUCUCACCAGAGAGAAUACCACAAUCAAGUCAGUUGUCACCAGAGAGAAUACCACAGUCAAGUCAGUUGUCACCAGACAGAAUAUCACAAUCAAGUCAGUUCUCACCGGACAGAACACUUCAGUCAGGUCAGUUCUCACCAGAGAGAAUACCACAGUCAAGUCAGUUGUCACCAGAGAGAAUACCACAGUCAAGUCAGUUCUCACCAGAGAGAAUACCACAGUCAAGUCAGUUGUUACCAGAGAGAAUACCACAGUCAAGUCAGUUGUCACCAGACAGAAUAUCACAAUCAAGUCAGUUCUCACCAGACAGAAAACUUCAGUCAGGUCAGUUCUCACCAGAGAGAAUACCACAGUCAAGUCAGUUGUCACCAGACAUAACACCACAGUCAAGUCCGUUCUCACAAGACAAAUCACCACAGUCAAGUCCGUUCUCACAAGACAGAACGCCACAGUCAGGUCUGUUCUCACAAGACAGAAUACCACAGUCAAGUCAUUUCUCACCAGAGAGAAUACCACAGUCAAGUCAGUUGUCACCAGACAGAAUAUCACAAUCAAGUCAGUUCUCACCAGACAUAACACUACAGCCAAGUCCGUUCUCACAAGACAAAUCACCACAGUCAAGUCCGUUCUUACCAGACAGAUCACCACAGUCAAGUCAGUUCUCGCCAGACAUACCACCACAGUCAAAUCAGUUAUCACCAGACGGGACACUACAGUUAAGUCAGUUUUCACCAGGCAGAACACUACAGUCAGGUCAGUUCUCACAAGACAGAACACCACAGUCAAGUCAGUUCUCACAAGACAGAACACCACAGUCAAGUCAGUUCUCACAAGACAGAACACUACAGUCAGGUCAGUUCUCACAAGACAGAACACUACAGUCAAGUCAGUUCUCACAAGACAGAACACCACAGUCAAGUCAGUUCUCACAGGACAGAACACCACAGUCAAGUCAGUUCUCACAAGACAGAACAGAACAGUCAAGUCAGUUCUCACCAGACAGAACACCACAGUCAAGUCAGUUGUCAUCAGACAGAACACAACAGUCAAGUCAGUUGUCACCAGACAGAACACCACAGUCAAGUCAGUUGUCACCAGACAGAACACCACAGUCAAGUCCGUUCUCACCAGACACAAUACCACAGUCAAGUCCGUUCUCACCAGACGGAACACUCCAGUCAAGUCCGUUCUCACCAGACGGAACACUCCAGUCAAGUCCGUUCUCACCAGACACAAUACCACAGUCAAGUCCGUUCUCACCAGGCAGAACACUACAGUCACGUCCGUUCUCACCAGACGGAACACUCCAGUCAAGUCCGUUCUCACAGGACAGAACACUCCAGUCAAGUCCGUUCUCACCAGGCAGAACACUCCAGUCAAGUCAGUUCUCACCAGGCAGAACACUACAGUCAAGUCAGUUCUCACAAGACAGAACAAUCCAGUCAAGUCCGUUCUCACCAGACAGAACACUACAGUUAAGUCAGUUAUCACCAGGCAGAACACUACAGUCAGGUCAGUUCUCACAAGACAGAACACCACAGUCAAGUCCGAUCUCACAGGACAGAACACCACAGUCAAGUCAGGUCUCACCAGACAGAACACUCCAGUCAAGUCCGUUCUCACCAGACAGAACACCACAGUCAAGUCCGUUCUCACCAGACAGAACACUCCAGUCAAGUCCGUUCUCACCAGACAGAACACACCAGUCAAGUCAGUUCUCGCCAGACAUACCACCACAGUCAAAUCAGUUAUCACCAGACAGAACACUACAGUCAGGUCAGUUCUCACAAGACAGAACACCACAGUCAAGUCAGUUCUCACAGGACAGAACACCACAGUCAGGUCAGUUCUUACAAGACAGAUCACCACAGUCAAGUCAGUUCUCGCCAGACAUACCACCACAGUCAAAUCAGUUAUCACCAGACGGGACACUACAGUCAGGUCAGUUCUCACAAGACAGAACACCACAGUCAAGUCAGUUCUCACAAGACAGAUCACCACAGUCAAGUCAGUUCUCGCCAGACAUACCACCACAGUCAAGUCAGUUAUCACCAGACGGGACACUACAGUUAAGUAAGUUAUCACCAGGCAGAACACUACAGUCAGGUCAGUUCUCACAGGACAGAAUACCACAGUCAAGUCAGUUCUCACAAGACAGAACACCACAGUCAAGUCAGUUCUCACAAGACAGAACACCACAGUCAAGUCAGUUCUCACAAGACAGAACACCACAGUCAAGUCAGUUCUCACAAGACAGAACACUCCAGUCAAGUCCGAUCUCACAGGACAGAACACCACAGUCAAGUCAGGUCUCACCAGACAGAACACUCCAGUCAAGUCCGUUCUCACCAGACAGAACACACCAGUCAAGUCAGUUCUCGCCAGACAUACCACCACAGUCAAAUCAGUUAUCACCAGACAGAACACUACAGUCAGGUCAGUUCUCACAAGACAGAACACCACAGUCAAGUCCGUUCUCACAGGACAGAACACCACAGUCAGGUCAGUUCUUACAAGACAGAUCACCACAGUCAAGUCAGUUCUCGCCAGACAUACCACCACAGUCAAAUCAGUUAUCACCAGACGGGACACUACAGUCAGGUCAGUUCUCACAAGACAGAACACCACAGUCAAGUCAGUUCUCACAAGACAGAUCACCACAGUCAAGUCAGUUCUCGCGAGAUAUACCACCACAGUCAAGUCAGUUAUCACCAGACGGGACACCACAGUUAAGUAAGUUAUCACCAGGCAGAACACUACAGUCAGGUCAGUUCUCACAGGACAGAAUACCACAGUCAAGUCAGUUCUCACAAGACAGAACACCACAGUCAAGUCAGUUCUCACAAGACAGAACACCACAGUCAAGUCCGUUCUCACCUGGCAGAACACUCCAGUCAAGUCCGUUCUCACCUGGCAGAACACCACAGUCAAGUCAGGUCUCACCAGACAGAACACUCCAGUCAAGUCCGUUCUCACCAGACAGAACACUCCAGUCAAGUCAGUUCUCACAGGACAGAACACUACAGUCUAGUCAGUUCUCACAAGACAGAACACCACAGUCAAGUCAGUUGUCACCAGACAGACCAUCACAGUCAAGUCCGUUCUCACCAGACAGACCACAACAGUCAAGUCCGUUCUCACCAGACAGAACGCUCCAGUCAAGUCAGUUCUCACAGGAUAGAACACUACAGUCUAGUCAGUUCUCACAAGACAGAACACCACAGUCAAGUCAGUUGUCACCAGACAGACCAUCACAGUCAAGUCCGUUCUCACCAGACAGACCACAACAGUCAAGUCCGUUCUCACCAGACAGAACACCACAGUCAAAUCAGUUGUUCCCUAACAGAACAUUCCAGUUAAGUCCAUUGUCGCCAGACAGGCAGCUGUCGCCAGACAGAAUACCACAGUCAAGUCUGUUAUCACCAGACAGAACACCACAGUCAAGUCAGUUAUCACCAGACAGAACACCACAGUCAAGUCAAUUCUCACAGGACAGAACACCACAGUCAAGUCAGUUAUCACAGGACAGAAUACCACAGUCAAGUCAGUUCUCACAAGACAGAACACCACAGUCAAGUCAGUUCUCACAGGACAGAACACCACAGUCAAGUCAAUUCUCACAGGACAGAACACCACAGUCAAGUCAGUUAUCACCAGACAGAACACCACAGUCAAGUCAAUUCUCACAGGACAGAAUACCACAGUCAAGUCAGUUCUCACAAGACAGAACACCACAGUCAAGUCAGUUCUCACAGGACAGAACACCACAGUCAAGUCAGUUAUCACUAGACAGAACACCACAGUCAAGUCAAUUCACCUCAGACAUGUGUUCCAUCUGUGGUGACCAAGCAACUGGUAGAAACUAUGGUGCUUUGAGUUGUGAAGCUUGCAAAGCCUUCUUUAGGCGCACAAUCAUUCGGAGUCUGAUCUACACGUGUCCAGCUCAAAGCACGUGCGUCAUUGACCGGCUUACGCGGAGUAGAUGUCAGUUUUGCAGGUUUAAGAAAUGUCUUCUCCUGGGCAUGGACCAAGAAGAUGUCCAGCAAGGAAGUAGUGUUGCCAAAGGGAACAAGCCCCCUCUCUUCACACAUACUACUAUGUCAAGCGCCUUCCCUCCACGUGUAUUUGAUAUGUCAAUCAAGGAAAUUCUGGAAGCUGAAUUAGCAAUAGAACCAAAGACUGACACAUACGUCAACACACAGAAAGAGGCGGUAACGAAGAUAUGCCAGGCUGCGGACAAACAGCUGUUAACCUUGGUGACAUGGGCAAAGAUGAUCCCCCACUUCAUGGAGCUGUCAUUAGAGGACCAAGUGUUACUGCUCAGGGCAGGGUGGAACGAGUUAUUGAUCGCUGGUUUUUGUCACCGAUCUACUGCCGUGACAGAUGCUAUCCUGCUGUCAACAGGGUUGCACGUUGACCGUGCAGCGGCUCACAAAGCUGGUAUUGGGGCAAUAAUUGAUCGAGUCCUGACGGAAGUGGUAGACCGCAUGAAGGCCUUACAGAUGGAUAAAGCAGAGUUGGGCUGUAUUCGAGCUGUCCUACUCCUCAACCCAGAUGUGAAAGGGUUACAAGCACCUUCAACUGUUGAAAGACUACGCAGAAACGUGUAUACAUCCCUGGAGGACUACUGCCUGUCAAGACACCCACAACAACCUGCGCGGUUUGCCAAAGUGCUUCUUCGUCUGCCGGGAUUACGCUCCGUCACCCUUGCCAGCAUGGAACACCUCAGAUUCUACAAGAUGAUGGCGGACAUCCCUGUACACGUUCAUAUAAUGGACAUGUUGGAAGAUCAACAGACGGACUUGUUUUAGUCUUCUAGAGUUUUGUCACUCCCAAGAAUUAAUGAAUGCAUUUUGUAAAUACUCAUAACUAUUAAUGAGAGUUCUAGUAAAUAAACCAACAAUGAGUUUGCUUUAGUUGUGAACUUAUAUUAUAUCAUUAACUAAUGGGUUCUGUGAACCCUAAUGUUUCAGAUCAUUCUUUAUGUUUCAUACGUUAAUACUAAAUUCUGCAAGUUUAUAUCAAAUAGUAGUUACAAGCCAUCGAACAAAUUUAUAUUGGGAUUAUCUGGUCGCUUUCCUUUAGGGAUUAAUGCCCAUUCUAGAGUUAUAGCCUACUGGAUAAGAGUUUCUAGACAGCCUUCUUCAAGAUAUUCUAAACGAUGUUAUGAUUUAUUAAAGAAAUAUUAGAGAUAUUAACUGGGUUUCAUUUGUGCGAACCACCCUAUUCCAGUCUUGUUUUGGACAUUUCGGAAAUAAAGAUCUAUUUCUGUGUAAACAGAGCUGUAAAGACACUUACCAACAAGAGUGGUACAACGAUAUGAGUGAGUCGAAAUUCUUAAGUUACUAUUCAGAUUUCAGGUUUCUUAUCACGCCAGAGAGAUAUCUGGUAGCUAUAAAAACAUUAAGCUUGCGCCGGGUAUUGACAAAAUUUAAAUGUAAUUGUCAGGAUUUGCAUAUCAGAGCUGCCGGAGUUUCUAAAACUCCUGAAACAGAAAAUACUACCUGUUUUUACUGCAACCAUGGUACAGAAGUUUAAUGAUUUGUCCAGAAUACAGUAACUUAAGAAUGAAAUAUUUACCCCAGUAUUUUGUAAUCAGGCCCUUGACUGAAAAGUUUCCGAUACCGAUGACGAUGGUCUCUUAUUUAAAUUAUCUCAAUUAUUGUAUCAUAUAUUUCGCAAGAGAACAGUCCGUUUGUGAACAAAUGUCUUUUGUUAUUUGCACAGCAUAUAUUAAGGUGCGCUCAUUGUAACAUUUACGCCUAAAUGUAGACAUGAUGUACUAUUGGUCUUUUUGCCACAUAUACAAAUAAACGGUCUCACUGUCUGUCAUAUAAUGGCGACAAUAACCAUUUUAGAUUGAACAACGUGUAAAUAAAUUAGGGAAUUUCUCAUUCCUGUCACCUGCCAGGUGACAACAGUCGUACCUUGUAUGCAUGGAAGAGUGAUUCAUUGUGACAUGUCAAAACUACCAUUCGUUACAGAUUUAAUAGAACUUGUUGCAAACAGAGAAACAUGUUUAACGAAUGAGAAAAAGGCCUUGUGGGAAUGUUUUGACUCACUUUGAGUUAGUAUGUGAAACCAAGGCCAUUACUGGUUCUAUAAUGGUCAAAUAGACAUCGCCCCGAUUAUGUUUCUAGGUUUGUCAGCACCAUACCCGUGCUCGUGGAAACAGAAGUAUGUACGUUAUGAAGAGGUGUUUACAAUGUGUACCAAUAAUGUAUAUUUUAAAACUUUGUAUUUAUGUUGCGUUUUCAUUUUACAGUUGCGUAUAUUACACAGUUAUUGUACUUUAAGAGAAGAGUAAAUGACAGCUUGACCAGUACCUGUUGAAAUAUCCCAUAUCAUGAUUUACAUUUGCAAAAUAUUUUGUUAGUGUAUUGAGUAAGCUCCCAUUGGAUACCCUGGAAAGUUGGCAUUUUGUGUUAAAUUCUUUUGUCAAAUAUGGGUUUUCUCAGCACCAAGAUGAUGGUGUUUAUAGGAUUAUUGUUUUGUAAGGUAUGCCCGAGUAAAGUUUUCUUUUGAAAUAUGAAUGCUUAUUUUCCCUUUAUUGAGAAGCCAGUUGUCCAUAUUGGACCAGAUGGGGCGUACCUUUUGACAUUCCCCAAAAAUGUGUAAAAUCGUUUGUUUGUUUAUCAUUUGAGCAAUAACUACACAAGACACUGUCCACGUAUCCCAUUUAAUAAAGUAGCGAAUUUGGAGGUAGAAUAUGAUGUAGUAUUUGGUUUUGAAGCCACUGAAAUGUGCAUGACUUGGUACACAUAGACGGUAUAAGAUGUAAUGUUUACGAUCUGCUUCGCAGAUUUCACUAAGCAGGAGUUCCUAUUUUUGAAAGGGUUGAUUCUUGGUAAUUUGGUUGUCUUUAAGUAUUUUAUAGAAAUAUGGAGAACCUUUCCUGGUUUAUUACAAAUGUAAUAAAUACAAAUUGGGUAACCAAGUUUCUGAAUGCCAUGUUUCCGACAGUAUUGCUUAAUGGACUGGAUCAGACUUUGACAUAUGAGAAUUUAUUUAAAGGUUGAAUGUCUCCGUGAAUUGUACAGAUGAAAGAAAGUGUCCCUUUUCGUCAAUAAAACCGUUAAUAAAUC